AUGGCCAAGCAGCAUCUGCGCCGCCUGCAAGGUCACGUGGAAACGAACUCAGACCCAGCGGAAGCGCCCGCACAAAGCCGGAGUCGUGGCAGCGUGGGGCAUCCCACUUUGUGUGCGAAACCAUGUAUUCAAUUCGCACGGGGCCUUGGAUGUCGGAAGGGCCGGGCCUGUGGCAACUGCCACUGGCCCCAUCAACGUGUCCAACCCGAUAAGCGCCAGCGCGAAUUCAGCAGGACCUUGGGAAAGGAGGAGUUCUUCGGCCUCCUGGCCGUGCUCGCACGGGAGAAAGCGCUUGAGGAUGGCCUCGAAGAUGUGGGCUUCCUGCUUGCAGUGCUGGAGGUGCAGGCAGGGCUGACACCGCCCGCAGCGCCGGCGAAGCAGAAAGUUCGGCUGCUUUGCAACCUGCGGAAGGUCAUCCAGUCCAUGAGCUUCUCGGAGAUGAUUCGGAUGGCUGCCGGGCGCUGUGGCGAUGUUUGCAAGGCCCGUUUGCUGCAGGAGCUCACAGCGGUGAGAGAGCUCCGUAGGCCCUAG